GGAAGCGGGAGGGCACCAAAUUCAAAUCGUUGCUGAGAAGGGAGGGGAAAAUACACGGGGGAAGGAGGCAAGCCAGGGGGAACGGAGAGGAGCGGAGGAGGAGAGAGGGAGGAGGAGAGUGGGAGGGGAGUGUGGAAGGCUCUAAGGGAAAGCGGCAGAGGCCGGAGAGGAGGCACGGCGGACGGCAGGGAAGGCAGAGGUGUCAGGGGAAGGACAGGGCGGUUUCGGGCACCCUCUGCCGCAGCGUGGGGCAGCCGCCCGCCCAUCCGCCCUCCCCGCCCGCGCGCCGCGGCACCAUGGUGGACAGGGGCCCCUUGCUGACCUCGGCCAUCAUCUUCUACCUGUCCAUCGGGGCGGCGAUCUUCGAGGUGCUUGAGGAGCCGCACUGGCGCUCGGCUACCGACGACUACAAACGGCAGAAGACGGAGCUACUCAAGCAGUUCCCCUGCCUGGGCCAGGAGGGGCUGGACAAGAUCCUGCAGGUUGUAUCACAUGCUGCUGAUCAGGGAGUUGCCAUCACUGGGAACAAUACUUUUAACAACUGGAACUGGCCUAAUGCUGUGAUCUUUGCUGCUACUGUAAUCACUACAAUCGGUUACGGAAAUGUUUCUCCAAAGACACCCUCUGGGCGUCUCUUUUGCAUAUUUUAUGGGCUCUUUGGAGUUCCUCUGUGCUUGACGUGGAUCAGUGCUCUGGGGAAGUUCUUUGGAGGACGUGCCAAGAGGCUAGGCCAAUUUCUGACAAAAAGAGGAGUAAGCCUGAGAAAAGCACAAAUUACAUGCACAGCUAUUUUCAUUGUUUGGGGUGUCUUGGUCCAUCUGGUUAUUCCUCCUUUCGUCUUUAUGGUGACUGAAGGAUGGGAUUACAUUGAAGGUCUCUAUUACUCAUUUAUUACUAUCACUACCAUAGGAUUUGGAGAUUUUGUUGCUGGUGUAAAUCCAGAUGCAAACUAUCAUGCCCUUUACAGAUACUUUGUGGAAUUGUGGAUCUAUCUGGGACUAGCUUGGCUUUCACUCUUUGUCAACUGGAAGGUCAGUAUGUUUGUAGAAGUCCACAAAGCAAUCAAGAAACGGAGAAAAAAAAGAAAGGAGUCAUUUGACAACCAUCCUCGGUCUAAAAAACCCCUUCAAAUGGGUACCUCAAAGGAUGUGAACAUUUUCAGCUUCCUUUCAAAAAAGGAAGAGACAUACAAUGAUCUUAUUAAGCAAAUUGGAAAGAAGGCCCUGAAGACAAACAAUGACAAGAUGAUUAAAGUAGAAAAUACCAAACAAAAUAUGCAGAAUGCCAUUAAAGAUGCUCAGGUGAUUUACACAAAGUCAGAGUCAUUUGAAUAUGAUGAGUCUUCCCUGGACAUUCAGAACGGUCAUGUUUUGAGACAUCUGCAUGAUAAACGUAUUGGAGACAGUCCUAUUGAAGGAACCAUGUUUGUAAACCAGCUGGACAGGAUAAGUGAAGAAGAAGGUGAAGUAUGGGAUUCCAGAGACUAUCGACCCUUAAUAUUUGAGAAUGCCAAUAUAACAUUUGUAAAUGAGGAUGAUGAUGAAGAGGAAGAUAUCUCAGAUGAUGAGGAAACUUCAAAAUCCUCAAUGGAUGAUAAUAUUGUAGAGGAACCUGAAAUUGCAAAAAACCUAGUAAAAUUUCCAUCGUCUGAUGAAUCUACCUUUACCAACAAUGAGCUAGAACUUUCUGUGCCUUAUGAACAACUGAUGAACGAAUAUAAUACAGUAAGCAAUGCGAAGGCUGCAACGUGAAGUGAGCUUGGUAGGGGUUUUCUGAAAAUGAUCAAUGCAUAUCGAAGAAAUUAACAGAGCAAGGAGAAAAGCUUGUUUUUGCAGCUUCUCCUGUCUCUUUGAAAACAAAAGCAAGUCCCACACUAAUAACCUCCAGUGUUCUUUUCCCUAUCUUAAGUUGGUUUCUGAGCAAUGUUUAUCUGAAAAGACUUGUAAAAUACCAGUUGAAUUAGGAGUCCUACUCCUUCUUGGAAUUUUAUGGUUCUCAAACAAAGUAGACAAAAAAAGACUAGUUAAUACACUGGACCUGCUCUGCGUUUAUGCAUUUCAUUGAGGAAUUAGUUUGGGAGUGUAACUACACAGUUGCAAAGAGUUUGUUUCAGGCAUCAAAUGUGUUCGGUUACUUCAUUAGCUCUUCACCUCUGAAAACCUGGAUUUAAGUAACGCUUUGAUCAGAAAUGGAAGCAAGAGGUUUGCUUUUUAAAAAAGGUACUCGUUAUUACCACAAAAAAUGGUGAAACCACAAGUUCUUGAUGAGAAACUUUGAAUGGAACACUAGAGAAAAACAGAUCUGAGCUGAGGUGUGCUGGCAGACUGAGGAGGAAGCUUUAAAACAUCUGUCUAGAAUAUGUCUGUGCUUGCCAAGUUAUAAUGAAUUGUAAUUUUGUGAAUAUAAUAUUAAUAUUUAAAAUUCCAUGGAAUGGAUUGAGAAGGAGCUCUCUAACAAGGAAGAAAUAUCUGGGAUGAAGCUUACCAGUUGGGCUGCUAAACUGCAACUUGGCCCCAGAACUGUUGAAGAGUAAGGAGACUGGAGGAUCUACUGAUCAAAGCAUGUAGGAGCACAAACAAGAUGCAACUUUUUAAUGUUGAAAGUGUCCUUCCACUGUCCAAUUCCUAGAGGAAAUACUUGAAUGAACUUUAUACAGUAUCUAUGUAUGUGCAGUUGAAGUUUCAGUGAUGCUGUUCAUCUGAGGGUAAAAAAAUUGCCUUUGGAGACAUAGAUAUUCUCCAAAUGCCCUAAUGCCUGUCAGAAUAGACCUGUAGCACUACUGCUGACCUGUGCAGUGUGUUAGUCAGUAUUGUUAUUUGAUGUUCCUCCCAGCCUUGGUACUUCAGACUAGACUUGAAUGAGAGAUGAUUUUUGAAACAGUUCAUUAUAAUUUGCUUAUUUGAUUUGUUUUAAAGCUUGACCUAUGUGCAUAUGCAAUGGUUAUUCUAUCCUACUUUCAAGAAGGCUGAACAACAUCAAAUCCUGUGCAAAACUGUGAUAUCAUCCAGUGACUUAAGAACUUAAGUCACUUUUUAAAAGGGACUUUGGCUUUAUACUCCUGAAAGUAUUUGGGUUGGAAAUGGGCUUUUAACUGAGAAGGAGCUAUCUCUUUUAAUAAUGUUUAAGCCCAAAUUAUUUUGGCUACAAAGAAAAUUAUACCGUGGUUUUUAUUUUUCUUUCUUUUUCUGUACCGUGCAUUAACCCUGACAGCUCUCACAAACAUGGUUCUUGAUUGCAUGCUGGCAAAAAGAACUGACUAUGGUUAUAUCUGAUAUACUUGGAACAGAAAAUAGCCAAGGCCUUUGAACCUUAAUAUGUCAAGUUCUGUUAGUUUGUAUAGUUUCACUGUAUUUAUGUCAUUGCUGUGUGUCCUAAAGUUUUCAAAGUUCAGUGAACAGUUAAAGGAUGUCUCAUUCUCAUUUUCAGUGUAAUGCUGGCAGACUUGCUAGCUUUGUAAGAAAAGCAUAUGGAAUCUUGCAGUGCUAAUCUUUAAUUACUAGACUUUUCUAAUAACUGUGGAUAUUGGCUGCAUCUUCAAGCGCUGGCCUCUCCUUUGGAAACUGGCACUCUGGAUAUCCCGUUGACAAGAAGUUUUGAAGUCGUGACUGUGAAACAAGGGACUGUCUUUAUUCUUUUUUUUUUUUUUUCCAGAAUCUUCCAUGUAUAUGAGAUUUCUCAAAAGAAAGUGAUCUGUCUUGCUGACAAAAAUGUGGAAUCGGUGUAGUUGGAGUCAGCUGUUAAUGUGUAUUUGACUGGUGAAGGGAGAUUGUGAUUUCAAAUCCAACUGUAUUAUGUUAUUGCCAUUUGGAGCAGGGGUGGCUGGAUGAAUUUGACUUGUGCUAUCAAGAAGAUUCUGGUUUAAUUCUAAUUGACUCCCCCAUCACAUACACACCUCUGCAUUGUUUUUAAAUGACUCCAAACCCUCCUUCAACUUCUUUUAUAUCUGAAGGAGCGUGGUUGACAGCUGUACUUUGUAGCUGUAAGAAAUGUUAGGUAAGAAGGCAUACCUGGUACAGCAGCAAGUCUAGCCUUUUUUUUUCUUCUUUUUUUUUCUUUUUUUUAAAGAAAAUUAGAAAGCACUCCAUAUAGCUUUUUUGUUCUCCAACUUGUCUUCCAUUAUUGAUGCAAAGAUUGAAGUUUUAGCAACAAUUAGUAAGCUCACGACAAUAACGAGAGAAGAAGCUUGCUGAAAUUGUAUGAAAUGGAAAAGCAUAGUCAAGGUUUGAUCUUCAUUUCAAGAAGUAAAUGAAUAAAUUUCUGUUCAGUACAGAAAUAAUACAACAAUAUUUGGCUGGGCUUUGAUUGGGAGGGAUGUUGCAUACUGAAGCACAAACUCUCCAUUCUCUGUUGCAAAGUGCUGCACUUGUAUGCCAGAGCUGAGAGUGGCUGGUAUCUGUUUCGUAUUAUCAAGCUAGAUGUGGCUCUUUGGCCUUUCCAAGUGUAGUCAAUGUAGACUGUGUGUAUAUAUAGUGGGAUUUAAAGUAAUGGUUUAAAUUUAUUUUUAAAAGAACAAAAUUCCCACUUUUUUGGGGAAACACGAUCACACCUCACAAAACUGUUCUCAAGACAUCCCAUCACGUGCCUUAAUGAGUCCUGCUACUGGGAGAAAAACAAAUCGUUUUUACUCAGGAGCCAACACAAUUGGUCUUGUUAAGCCCUGCUUAUUUUCAGUGUUUUGGGGAGUUUUGUUUGGCACACAGCUUUCAUGCUGGCUCUCUCCAAAAAUUUGAACCAUUUCCCAGGGUUUUAAAAAUUAUGGUGCCAACUCAGAAGUACUGAAGUGCUAUGCCAGACAGUUUUUUGUCUGCCUGUCUUCCAUGUCUUGAGAAAAGUGACGUAGAGGAGUGUUCAGGCUGGAUUUUGAGCUGUUCAGCUUCCCAAGUGCCUCUGGUUAAUUUGAAUGAACUCCCCAAUGCUACUUCAUAUAAUUUUGUAGUUAUUUUAUUUAUCUGGUCAAUCUGGAAACAUUUUCUUUGAAAACCACAUAAGAUUUCAUUUGACUAACUAGCUGAUCUCUUCAUGCAAUGUAAUUACUUUUUAUAGGUGAGGUAGAUCUCCUACUGGAAAGAAAAAUUAAUUUAAAAAAA